UGUUUGUGGCAUUCUUGGUGACUCUUUCUAGCUUUGAAAUUGUAGCAUAAACCACAAAGCAUUCAUUUCACCAUGAGACCUUCUGUGGGGAGUUUCUUUUCCUCCUUCACAAAUGUUCGUUCUGCCUCCUCAUGGUUCGAGUUGUAUGCAGCUUUCUCCACAUUCAUCAUGCUUCUAAGAAGCGCAAUCAACGAUCUCAUACCCCAACAAGUUCGCUCUUUCCUACACUCCAAACUCAAAGCUUUCUUCUCAAACCGUCAAAAAAGCAACGUUGUCUCACUUCAGGUUACUGAACUCUGGGAUGGCCACACCAACCAACUCUUCCAAGCCGUCCAAGAGUAUCUCCCGGCUAGGAUCAACCACUCUUACAAAUCCCUCAAGGUUGGCAAAAUUUCAAAGCACAAGAACAUAGUAAUGGCAGUAGAUGGAAAUCAGGUCGUGGUGGAUGAGUUUGAAGGCAUCAAGCUUAAAUGGAAGCUGGUUGAACAAAACUCCCAAAAAGAAUCUGAUAAUCUCGAUUCUCUUCGUCCUCCUCGCAAGUUACCUACUUUCCAGAGGGAGUCCUUUAGUCUAACCUUUGAUGAGAAGCAUAGAGAUGUGGUCAUGAACAAGUAUCUCGUGCACGUUCUGAACGAGUACCAGGAGAUGCAAGCAAAACAGAGAACCAUCAAGAUCCAUUCCAUCGGUGGUGGUGGAAGAUGUUGGCAGAAAAGCGACUUGACUCAUCCGGCGUCGUUCCAGUCGCUUGCAUUGGAUCCAGAGCAAAAACAGGGAAUCAUAGAUGAUUUGGACCGGUUUUUGCGGAGGAAGGAGCUGUACAAGAAGGUGGGGAAGCCUUGGAAACGUGGCUACCUCUUGUAUGGUCCCCCAGGAACAGGAAAAUCUAGCCUUAUUGCUGCCAUGGCCGACCACUUGAAGUUUGAUGUGUAUGAUCUGGAACUAACCUCCGUGUUUUCUAACUCAGACCUCAUGCGGACCCUGAAGGAGACAGCUAACCGCUCCAUCAUCGUCAUCGAAGACAUUGACUGCAACAGAGAGGUGCAUGUUCGAUCAACACCAAAAGACUUUUCAGAUUCCGAUUCAGACGAUGAACACAAGCAUAUUAAGACAAGCAGGUUUACUCUGUCGGGUCUGCUUAACUACAUGGAUGGGUUAUGGUCGAGUGGUGGAGAGGAGCGGAUUUUGAUCUUCACCACCAACCACAGAGAAAGAAUCGACCCUGCGUUGCUGCGCCCUGGUCGUAUGGACAUGCACAUUCACUUGUCCUUCCUCAGAAGCAAGGCAUUUCGAAUUCUAGCUUCCAAUUACUUAGGCGUUGAAGGAGAUCAUCCACUUUUUGAACAAAUUGAUGAUCUGUUGGAGAAAAUAGAUGUCACCCCUGCAGUGGUAGCGGAGCAACUAAUGAGACAUGAGGAUCCUGACGUUUGUUUGGAAGCACUUGUUCAAUUUCUCAAACAAAAGGUCAAGGAAGCCUAAUUUUAGACUAGUCAUGUUUUAGAGUUUUCUCAACGGUAUCAUCACUCGGAUAAGAUACAGAACAAAAACCAGUGUCUUUUUGUUCUGUAGUGUUUUAGAUGGGUAGUUGUGUGUCUUGAACAGUCGUAAAAUUCAAUGCCGAAAACGAUUUCGAGA